AGAGGGAGCCAAAAAGAAAUCAAUAGAGGCUGCUAACAAUCCAACCCCGACACCAACCAACAACUGUUGUGGCGCUGGAUUUCUCUGCAAUUGCUGAAGCAACUUGCCUAAGAGAUUAAGAGUUCGGUUUGCAUUAUAUAGCAUGCAAAUCGGUGGAUUCGGAUUCAUUUGGCAUCUGAGAAAAUUGUAAAUUGGGGUGGAAACAGGUCUCGGUGGAUUUAUAGUUCUGUGAAUCGUGUAGAAAUCUGCUUAUUGAGCAAUGCAACCACAGCAGGGCUCCAGAAUCAAUUUAGGCGAAUUAAAAGCUCAGAUAGUGAAGAAGAUUGGGGCUGAGAGGUCAAAAAGGUAUUUUUAUAAUUUGAGUAGGUUUUUGAGCCAGAAGCUUAGUAAAAGUGAGUUCGAUAAGUCAUGUUACCGCAUUCUGGGAAGGGAAAAUCUGCCACUGCAUAACCAGUUGAUACGUUCAAUAUUGAAAAAUGCAUGUCAGGCUAAGACUCCACACCAGUUCAUGAAGUAGGUCCCUAAUCUUCGAUACGAAAUGUGAAAAGUUGCUGGUAGAGAUGAUGGGCAUGAGCCAAUUGGAUCCCUUGUACCCAACCUGAAUCCAAACAUGGCUAUUUCUUCAAAUGGGGUUUUGUCAUUGUCAUCCCUGCGAAAGGUUAGAUCUGGAAUACAGGAUAGAAAGCUCAGGGAUCGACCCAGCCCGUUGGGGCCAAAUGGAAAAGUUGAGAGUUUCUCACAUCAAUCCAUGGGUACUGAAGACAAUGGCAAUAAAUUGGGUCUAGAAAAUGGGGAUUUGACGUCAUAUGACUAUCAGAGACCAUUGCAGCAUCCUCAAACAGUUGCCGAGCAGCCUGAAAUUGAAAGAGAAGGUUUGGGGGGUUCCACAGGAAAACCAAGGGUGCUUAUCAAAGGUCUAACUGAAGGAGCUGUUGUUGAAGAUGGGGAGGGGGUGGAGCAAGCCAGCCACAUUGAUUUCUCUAGAAAUCCUUUGCUUGCACCUCUUGGGAUUCCAUUUUGCUCAGCUAGUGUUGGUGGGGCCCACAAAGCUAUGCAUGUGGCAAGCAUUGGCGAGUUCAUUAGUUACUAUGACAGUGGUAGUUUGUAUGAUACUGAGACAUUGAAGAAACGUAUGGAACAGAUCGCAGCAGCGCAGGGCCUUGGAGGGGUUUCAUUGGAAUGUGCUAAUAUGUUGAACAACAUGUUGGAUGUAUACUUGAAAAGACUGAUUAGAUCAUGUGUCAAUCUGGUGGGAUCAAGAUCUACAUGUGAAUUGAGACAGCACUCUGCCCACACGCAGCAGCCCCAAAGCAAGCUUGUUAAUGGUUUUUGGUCAAGUAGUCACAUGCGUAUGAAGAGUAGCUCUGGGCCUACAGAAGUUUUGCAGGAAAAGCGGCAAGGGUGCUCAAUUUCUUUGCUUGAUUUCAAAGUUGCAAUGGAGCUAAAUCCCCAGCAGCUGGGUGAAGAUUGGUCAUUGCUUCUGGAAAAAAUCUGUAUGCUUUCGUUUGAAGAAUGAACUCCCAACAAAAA